AUGCCGACAGAGUUCCAAAAAAGAGCCGGUGUUUUCGUGGGACUGGUGACCUGCUUGUUGCUGCCAAUGUGGAGAUCCGAACUGUAUUGUUACACGGUCUUGUGCUGUUUCAUUCUUGGAGGAACGCUGGAAUAUUGGACUGCUGUUUACAGCCGUGUUUCUUCACUCCAGGACUGGGCUGUCUAUCUGAUUUUAUUCAUGGUCUGGGUGUUGCCAACGAUGGCAGCACUUCACAUCUACGGCGGCGUUAUUGGGCACACUCGUUUAGUGGAAUGCCUGAUCAUCCAGCUGGUCGUGGGAGAUUCAGCACAGCUCAUAGUGGGCCGCAGCAUUGGCCGACACCAUGUGUGCGUCAAGCUCUCCCCAAAGAAGACGCUGGAAGGCUAUGUUGGAGGGUUCGUCCUCACGUUCAUGUAUGGGGCGCUGGUGCAUGGAUGGAGUCCAUUAAACAUCUCUGUUGUCUAUGUGUUCGGUUGCAUCGGGGACCUGUACUUUUCUGGAAUCAAACGACGUUUGGGCAUCAAGGACUACUCUCGCAUCCUGUCUUCGCAUGGUGGCUUAUUGGAUCGGAUCGACUCCUUCAUGUUCGCUGCCAAUGCAUUGGUGUGGAAGGCCUUCUUCUUCUCUCCAGAAUAG